UGAGAACUAGCUCUACCAAAUAAGAGGGCGCUGCAAGUAGGAAGUGAGCGAUCGAAGAAACAUAAAUUUAUUUUGUAUUUAGAAAUAUAUAUUAUUGUGGAAUCCUUUACAUCUUUAUGCAGCAUGAUGUAGCUGCUAGUCUGCUUUUUCCUCCUCACUGAUAGAGAGAGAGAGAUAUGAGUUUUAUGCAGCGGUUGAUAGGAAGUCGGGGCGGAGGUGCAGCCCAGACUGACCCCAACUCCCGGCCCCAGGACACCAGCCUCGGUCUGAUGCACCUACGCAAACUGUUCACAGAGUUCAAGCAUCCAGCCACAGAAUACACUCAGAAAGACCAAGAGGAGAAGCUGUACAAGAUGCUGCCCAUCUUCUGCAAGAUAUUUGGUAAUGUGCCAGCAAACUCAAUGCAGGAGAAGUUUAGUGACAUUCUGCAGUUCUGUUCUCAUGUGUCCAAGCUGAUGGUGACUGAAGUCAGGAGACGGGCCUCUAACCAGUCCACAGAGGAGGCGAGCUGUGCCAUUGUGAAGUUCCUGGAGAUAGAGUCUACGGAGGAGUCGAGUGCGGGCUGGAUGCUGCUCACCUCCAUUAACCUACUGUCUGUUGGUACCCAGGCCCUCAUUGACUGUAUGACGGCGGCCUCCCUCCCAUCCACACUGGUCAAGUGUCUCUACCUGUUUUUUGACCUUCCUGAACUCGUUAACGCUGAAGCCCUGGAGGAAGGGUGUGAGUUUACACCUCAGGAGAGAAGGGUUCUGCUACAGAAAGUCUUUGUACAGGUGCUUGUUCGACUGUGCAACCAGCCAUCCCCAGCGGAAGAGCUAGCGAGGAAGGAUGACCUGAGCCUACUUUUUAGUGCUAUCACAAGCUGGUGCCCUACCCACAAUGUUGUGUGGAGGACUAGUGCAGGGGAGGUCCUUGUCACCCUCUCGAGACACGGCCUAACUAACAGUGUUACCAAGUACAUACAUGACAAGGGUUGUGUGCGUCACUGUGUGGAGAACAUGCAGCGAGCGCAGGAUUUAUCUCCCCUGGACCUGGUGGAAAUGUUUGUGACUGUGUUCUGCUUCCUGAAGGAUUCCAGCGAGGUGUCACAUGUUCUCCUUGACGACUUCAAGUCCUGCCAGGGAUACACUUACCUGUCAGAGUUUAUACUCAGAUUGGAGUUAGAUGUGAGUGAGGAGUCUGUGCAGGCACUACGGAACCUUGUGCUGCUGGUGGGCUCCCUCACAACCUGCGGAUACGCUGAAAUCAAACCAUCCACCGCUGCCACUGGCUCCAUCUACCAGAUACCUGGCUUCACUCUCCCACAGCCUGCUGGUAAAGAAGUUGUUCAUGUGAAUGCUAGCCCAAGUUCCAGUGUGAGUGUUCGCAAUAUACAGGCUUUUCAAGUUCUUCAAAAUGUGUUCCUUAAGGCACAGUCGAGUGCCCUGUGCAAUACAAUCCUAGACGUGAUGAACAGCAUUUAUCACCAGGACAACGCCAACUACUUUAUCCUCGUCCCACAGAACACACUCUCACAGUUCGCGGAAAAGAUACACACCAAGUCAACAGACGUACAGGAGAAGUUUUUUGAGCUGUUUGAGUUCAUUGUGUUUGACCUGACCUUUGUGCCCUGUAAGGAACUCAUCAGUCUCAGUUUGGUGCUAAAAACACAACAUUCUGUUGCGAGCAGUAUCCUGAUCAUCAGGAGCCUGCAGAAGAUAGCCCAGUUCCAUGUUGUGUUCAAGGACGUGUACCGAGAGGUUGGUAUGCUCGAGGUCCUCGUCACAUGUCUACACAGGUUUGCGGCCCUCCUCAAGGACCCACAGGCAGACGGAGUGUCCGAUGUUUCAGAUACAACCCGGAUGACAAAGGAACAACGGGAGCUUGGAUUCCUGGUCAUGGAGGUGCUUGCCAUGCUACUUAGCAACAACAACCAAAACACUAGUGUGUUUCGUGAGUGUGGCGGGGCUCGAUGUGCCCACAACAUGGUGCCGUUUGUUGAAUGUCGCCAGCAAGCCCUUAGCAUUGUUCAGCAACUGGUGUUGUCCCCGGGUGGCGACGACGACAUGGGAACACUCCUGGGGCUCAUGAACACUGCCGAAGUCACAGACCUCGAACUCAAAACUGCAAUACUUAAGUCGUUAUUGAACGUGCUACGAGAGAGCCACCGUACGCGUACUGUGUUCAGGAAGGUUGGAGGGUUUGUGUAUGUCAUGUCCGUCCUUGUGAUCAUGGAAGGAUGUCUUGCUGACCCGCCCAGGCAGCCAUGGGAUAAAGUUGAUCAUCAGGAAGUGUUGUUGAUGCUGAAGGCUGUGUUCAGCAGCCUCACCGUUGCCAUGAGAUAUGAACCAGCCAAUGCCAAGUUUUUUUCCACAGACGUGAGGUAUGACAGCCUGACUGAGGCCGUGAGACUGCUCGGCUGUUUCUCCACCAACCCUGAUAUUACCGUUGACGAUGAUGACCUGGACACAUCACAGGCUGAAUACUUGUUUGAAGAUACCUUUAUACACAGCAAAGAACCAAGUAUGAAUGUUCCAGUUGUUCUGUCAUCUGCAUGUCACAUGAUCAGAUACCUGUAUGACAUGGGCCUCGACGCCUUUGAAAGGCCUUACAUGUUGGCCAGCCACAAGUCAAUAGACUCACCGGCCACUAAGAGGCACACAAUGAUUCAGGAGAAGACUUCUCCAUCCACCUCCCCGAAACUAAAGCGAGCGAGCACAGGAAGUCUGAGCCUGCCCCUGACGUCGCCCCACCCAGACCACAUCAUCCACGCAGGGGCCAUCAUGUCCAUAUUCCACCUGCUGCCUGCCGUAACAUGUGAGGAUGAAACUCUGGUCAAAGAACUGAAAGUGUUUGUGGCAGGACUACUGAAGAAUUUGUUACGUAAAGAGCACAACCAGCAGGUGAUGUGUGAUGCCGGGUUCCCACAUCAGCUACUUGUGCAUGGCAACAUUGCGCUGGCAGAUGAGUCUCACUCCCUUCACCCGUCCCUGCAGUACAUGUUUGAGAGGCUGGCCUCCCAGUCACUCACACCCAGAGAUCUCAGAGAUUUUCUAAGGCUUGGCUCCCCGUUGAACUGUCAGCCAGCAGACGAGGACAUUGCCCACUCAGAGAAACUGAGAACCUGCUGGCCAUUGUCACGCCACUCGAGCGUAGAGGAGAAACGCAUGCCCUGGGAGCUUGAGAAGAAACUGAAGACCCAGGGCUGCCCCGUGCCUCUCACCAGGGUGAAAUGUCUCGUCUCUAUGACAACUCCAAAGGAUGCUCGCAUGCAUGGGUCAAGCGUGACUCCAGCAUUUGUGGAGUUCAACAUGAAUGCAGAAGGUUUUGGAUGCCUGUAUCUGCCCAGCAUAGCGCCACAGGGCCCACCCACCCCGAGUGUGGUCAGUGGGGUGGUGGGAGUUGCAGACCCGUCCGUUAUAGGAGGGAUUGGCACAGGAGAGCGCGUAUUCCCGCCCCAGUCAGGUCUCACCUUCUCUUCCUGGUUCUGUGUGGACAAGUUCAGUGUGUCAACGGUCGACCCCCACCCCGUGCGCCUCUUUACAAUUGUGAGGAACCUGCAAGGAAGAGAAGAGAACCUCAUCUGCCUCAGUAUCACCCUGUCUCCCCGUGACCGCUGUCUCUAUGUCUGCACACAGGAAGUCCUCAUGCCAUCAUCUGCUCCUCCAGAUGACCUUGGUGAGCCCCGUCUUUCGGACAACCUGGUAAAGUUCUGGCAUCAGGAUCUUGAUCUGGAAGGCCAGUGGCACCAUGUCCUCCUCAUCUUCAACCGGGCAGGAAUCAUGAAAAAUAGCAGUGUCUCGCUGUUCAUUGAUGGUGACCUGGUCAAAACACAAAAGCUGCACUACAUCUCCCCUAACCUGGGUGUGGGAGGGUCAGCCAGUCCAACAGCGUUCACCUCUGUGUUUGGCUACAUUGGGACCCCACCCUCCCUCCGUCGCCAGUCUCGUCUCGCCUGGAGACAGGGACCGUGCCACCUGUUUGAAGAUGUCGUCUCCCAGGCAACGGUGAAGAACAUCUACACACUUGGUCCCACAUACAUCGGCAGCUUCCAGUCGCCAUACCUAGAGGACAGAGAUAUGCAAGGCCCAUUUAUCUCGGAGGAGAAGGUUGUGUUUGGGGUCCACGCGCAUGCAAUGUCCCAGCUGACCAUUGCCAAGAUGAGAAAAAUAUACAACAAGGUGGACAGCAAGUCCAUUGCCAAACAGUUGGCGAUGUCGUCACAUGACAAUGCUACACCAAUCAGAGUCCUACACAAUUCAGCAGGCCAUCUUGGUGGCUAUGCCAGGUGCCUUGGCGCCAUUCUUAUGGGAUACCUAGACGUAUGGUCUACAGGUGUUCGCACGUUCUGCCCGAUGCCAGUCGCCAAGAUGCUUCAGAAUGUUGGUGGAACAAAGACCCUGCUGGGUCUGGUUGCCAUGGCAACAGAUGUGGAGGGGCUGUACGCAGCAGUGAAAGCCCUCGUCUGUGUCGUCAAGAGUAACAAGCAGGCUCAGCAUGAUCUCGACAGGAUUGCAGGAUACCAGAUGUUGGCAAUGCUGUACAAGCGGAAACAGUCAUUGUUGAACAGCCAUAUUCUGCACCUGACAUUUUCCCUCGUGGGCACAAUUGACUCAGGCAAGGAGUCGUCACUCAUACCGAACAGGAAGGCAUUCGAGGACAUACUCUGUGACCUUGAGGUGUGGCAUGAGGCCCCUGGAGAGCUACAGAGGUCUCUGUAUGAACACUUCUAUGAGCUUCUCACUGACUCAAGUGAGCAGGGUAACAAUCUGCGCCUGAUGCGAGAGAUUGGGCUCACGGUGCGACUGCUGCAUGUGAUGCGGGACCCACGCCUGCCCCAGUCUACACUGGAUACCAUGGCAACUGUGGUUGGCCUUCUUCUAGAGGGACACCCAGACACACACUCUCUACUCAAGGUUGGUCAGUUCCUGGUCAACACCAUCCCAGAAUCUCACUCAGAGAAGUUGCUAGUUGUUGAAAACCCUGCUGGACCCAGUGGAAACUUCAUCAUUGUGGAAGCUGAUGAUCCAGGUGGUCCGUCCAUCCAUAUGGUUCGCCUACGGAACACCCUGCUAGAUGUCAUAUACCGCCUCCUCAGUCAGUCAGUGCUGCCCCCUACACAGCAGGCUAGCAGCUUCUGUGAGGAGCUACAGCGUGUGCUUGGGUUUGACUGGAUCCUGAUGUUCCUGCAGAGCCAUGUGCACGCGACCACAGUGAUCCGUGCCCUCAAGAUACUCCUUGUCAUGUUCCGCAACCCAACUGUGUGUGCCAGGUUCCGGGAUGGGCAGGUCCAAUAUGGGGGAGGCUGGCUCAAGGACACAGAACUCAUCCUCAAACAACAGAUAGGGGCCAGCAUGCUAGGGUUUAACCUACAUCAUGGUCAUGGUGGUGAGACACGUGAGGUGAACACGGAAAUCUGUACAGCCCCGGGGUUCACAGUUCUAGGUUGGCUCCUCCCAAAACACAAUGGCAUCCCAGAGGUUUACCUCCUCCUAAUGGCCAUGCUCCUGGGACAACACAUCUCGAACAUUCCACAGGACAUACAGCUGAACCUGGACAGUGUAUGGAUGGUGUUGUUUGGAUCGCCGGUCAGUGUUCCAGGAGUCAGUCUGACCAGUAACAAGGACAUCCAGCUGUGUCCGGACGCCGCCAUCCUUCUCCUUACCAUGGUCAGAUCCAUGCUCAACCCGAUGUUGAACCUGUCAUCUGACAGCUGGCUACGUGAGUACCCAGUGACUCUGGUGCAGUUUCUACUCUUCCUGUACCACAACCAGUCAGACUUCAUCCAGCUGUCCAUCCAGCCUGAUUUCAUUGCUGCCCUCGCUGCCACGCUGUUCCCGUACUUCUCCCCAGAUGCAGACGAGAUUGUUACCACCCCCGAGGAGGAAUUCAAAGUAGCCCAGCUUUUGUCAAAUUUGCCAUUCCCAGACAGUGAUCCAGUGGUAUAUGUAAGGUCUCCGGAAAGGGACAAAUCAAGUUACCUGACGAAUCACCCAGCGAGGAAGUAUGUUAUAGAGUUUCUGCGGACCAUUGUCAUUGACAGCAUGUCUCAGCCCGUCGUGGCCAAGUCUGCGUCAGUCAUCGAUAUCAUGCUAGAGGCAUCCCCCGAGCAUGCAACCCGGGCCCAGCACAAGGAGUACCAGACAGGGAUGCUGAAAACCAUUAUGGACCAUCUGGUUGCUGUGGAUGUGUUGCUAGGUGACCAGGCUGCCCUCCCCAUCAUGGCUGGGGGCAGCCAUUCCAACAUGGCUGCCAAUGUGUUUUAUUUUACAUCCAGAGUAGUGGACAAACUCAUACAGGGGACAUACACCAGAGAAUCAAAAGAAAUAUUUGACUUCAUCUGCAAGCUAAUAUCCCAGGCAAAACGGAAGUCCUCCGGGAUCUCUGUGGACUCGAUCUACAAGUCCUUGAACCGGACAAUCCUGUUCCAGCUGUCUCGGAAGGUGGACAGUGUGUCAGGGCAGACCCAGGUCCUGGACUCCCUCCACAAGUUAACAAGCCAUCGUGGCCUUGUGUUUGCCCCCAGUAACCCAGACUCAGAGUUCCUCGCCUGUCUCUGCUACUGUCUCCUCAAUCUCACAGACGACACUGCCAACAGGGCUCCUCAAGCAGUUGUCUCAUCAAGCCAUACAAACCUAAAUGAGAGUCAGCCCAUCCAGACGACCUGGCAUCUGCCCCUAGAACAUUCCCCUACCCCUGGGUCACCUUCAUGGAGCUCCCCUUCACGCUCCCGGGCAGAGACACAAGGGCUCGGGCUAGUGGCCAAAGCUGCCAAGAGAGUCUGGGAGGAGCUGUAUGUCCACAAGAAACCAGCCUUGGAGGAGAUAUUCCGGACCCAGAUGAACAACCGAGACCUUGCUAAAACUGCAGACUUCACAGCUCCAGACCUUUAUACUGUCAGGCCCCUUAUACAGGAGAUGGCUUCCCGGAUCUGGGUAAACUAUGCCGAGAAUGAAAGGAAAGGCAACUUCACCACGACAGAGAGAAUACCUCCACAGAUCAAGACGAUCCAGAUGGUGGGUAGUAAGGUGUUGAACCUGGCACGCGGAAAGAGCAAGCGGGAAUUGCCCCUCAAGACGUCUCCGUCCACAUCUAUACAUCAACAUGAGUACAUGAUGUGUUCCCUAGACCACAUGUUGCUGGUGAAGGAUCUGGUGGAGAUCCAGGCCCGGCAACGAGAGCAGACUGCAGAGUAUAUGGGGCGCUACCUGCAGGAGCAAUGGGACACCGUGGAACACGAGCUGCUGAGGGAACGAGGACUCUGGGGACCCAUUGUUGGCUCCAGACUGGACAAGUGGAUGCUGGAUAUGACUGAAGGUCCAUUCCGAAUGCGUAAGAAGAUGGUAAAGAAUGACCUCUUCUAUGUCCACUAUCCAUACAGACCGGAUAUGGCCAACAGUCCCCUGAAAUACAAGGUGCCAAUGAGCAAUGACAGCAAGGCCUACUACCUGCAGUACCGACCUCAGAGCCUGUUUGGGGAGUCAGCCCCUAUCAUCAAACUGGGAAUGGAGGAACUGCCUGCCAUUGAGGCUGAGGUUGAGGAAAGGUCACCAGAAGACAUCAUGAAGAUCCCGAAGCUGCUGCACAAGAAGGCAGGUGGUUCCCAGCAGGAGAGUAAUGAUGAUGAUGAGGACCUUGAUGGGGAGAAGGGGGACCAGUCAGACUCCCAGGAUGUGCCUGACACUACAGAGGCACCAGCAGAGACGACCCCCGACACUGCCCAGAAGAAGGCAGACAACCAGGCCAUACUGCAGCUGCUAGGAGAAGGAGAGAAGAUCUCACACAUGUUCCGAUGUGCCCGUAUCCAAGGCCUGGAGAAUGCGGAGGGCCUCUUGCUGUUUGGACGGGAACACUUCCACAUUAUCGACGGUGUCACCAUCCUUGCCACCAAGGAGAUCAAGGAUAUAGACACACUGCCACCAGAGUUGCACGAAUCGAUCAUUCCAAAAUCGUCCCAAAAAUCUAAUCAGAAGAAACAGUACAACAAGUUUGCGUACGAGGAUAUUCGGGAGGUCCACAAGCGCCGCUACCUGCUCCAGCCAAUAGCUAUCGAGGUGUUCUCCUCUGAUGGGAGGAAUUACCUCCUGGCAUUCCCAAAACGCACCAGGAACAAGGUGUACCAGAAGUUUUUCAAUGUGGCAACAGCCAUAACGGACAAUGCCCAGUUGUCUGUGUCAGGACAGAAGCAGAAUGCUAGAAUAGAGGCAGGAACUGGCUUCAUCAGCACACUUAUGGGGGAAAAAUCUGUCACUCAAAGAUGGGAGCGCGGAGAGAUCAAUAACUUCCAGUACUUGAUGCAUCUCAACACGCUGGCUGGCCGCUCCUACAAUGAUCUUAUGCAGUACCCUGUGUUUCCAUGGAUACUGGCAGACUAUGACUCAGAGGAGUUGGACCUGUUUAGAUCUGAGACAUUCCGUGACUUGUCUAAGCCUAUGGGAGCCCAGACCCCUGAUAGGCUGAAACACUUUAACAAACGCUUCCACGACUGGGACGACCCACAAGGUGAGACACCGCCGUACCACUACGGGACCCACUACUCCUCCGCCAUGAUUGUGGCCUCCUACCUCCUCAGACUAGAGCCCUUCACUCAGACAUUCCUUAACCUACAGGGUGGCCAUUUUGACCUUGCGGACCGUAUGUUCCACAGUGUGAAGGAGAAUUGGAUGUCUGCCUCCAAAAAUAACAUGGCUGAUGUGAAGGAACUCAUUCCUGAGUUCUUCUACCUACCAGAGUUCCUCCUCAAUGCCAACAGUUUCGACCUUGGAUGUAAGCAGAGUGGAGUGCACCUUGAUGAUGUGGUUCUGCCUCCGUGGGCAAAGGAAGAUCCCCGCGAGUUCAUCAGGGCACACAGAGAGGCCCUGGAGUCAGACUAUGUGUCUGCUCACCUUCAUGAGUGGAUCGACUUGAUCUUCGGCUUCAGGCAGCAGGGCCAACCCGCAAUUGAUGCCGUCAAUGUAUUUCACCACCUGUUCUACGAGGGAAAUGUCGACAUUGACAGCAUUGAUGACCCACUGAAGAAAAAUGCAACCAUUGGCUUCAUCAACAACUUUGGACAGAUACCAAAACAGUUAUUUCGUCGUCCCCACCCACAGAAGAAGCUGAAUGUUCGAGGCCUGGAGCUUUCUGCCUCAAUGGCGGACAGACUCUUCUUCCACAAUGUAGACAAUUUGAAGCCUUGCUUCACUCCCAUUAAAGAGUUGAAGAGUGCUGUUGGUCAGAUAAUGCACGGGGAGCGGUAUGUUCUGGCAGUGGAGCAGAACAAGGUCCUCGUGCCGACCUCCUACAACAAAUACCUCGCCUGGGGAUUCUCAGACCUCUCGGUUAGGAUUGGCAACUACGAGUCAGACAAGGCCAGCCUGAUCUACGAGGGUCUGGACAAUGGUGAGAUUCUGUGUGCUGCUUGUCCCAACUCCAAGAUCUUCAUCACUGGAGGAACCAGCUGUGUUGUGAAUGUGUGGCAGCAGAAUGUGAAGGAGAAGCGAGUGGACGUGUUACAGCCACUCUACGGUCACACCGAGCCCGUCACGUGUGUGGCCGUCUCCCCGGGGUACAACUUCAUCGUGAGUGGUUCCCGGGACAGGACGUGUAUAAUCUGGGACCUUAACCAGCUUGUGUUUGUCCGCCAGUUGAGGGGGCAUACUGCCCCAGUUGCUGCUGUCUGCAUCAAUGAACUCACUGGAGACAUAGCCUCAUGUGCAGGCACAUACCUACAUGUGUGGUCAAUCAACGGAGAUGAAAUAGCUUGUGUUAACACUGCCUCCCUUCGUAACCACCAGAUACUCUGUGUAGCCAUGUCACAGAUUAUGGAGUGGGACAGUGGCAAUGUUAUCCUUACUGGUAGCAGUGAUGGUGUAGUCAGGAUGUGGAGUAUAGAUUAUGUGCAAGUACCAGAAGAGACCAAACUUGUCGUGCCAACCAAGUCAGACACCAAGGAAGAAACAUCAGCAGCGGACACUGCGGAUAGUGCUAAAACAGACUCCAAUAAGCCUCGAGCAUCUGGUGCUCGGAAACGCAGUGUGUCUUGUGACAGCUAUGAGGAGGGUAGCCAGAGUGUUGUAAAUAGGCUAAAAGAAUUCAAAGACCCAGACUCAAUGACAUCUAAAUAUGUGGAACUGGGUUCAUCAGUGGAUAGUAACAGUCACUUCAUGUCUAAAGUGCUUGAAAAACUUGAAGGUGUAGGUGGAGGCCGGGACUCAAGUGCAAUAUCUGGUGAGAUGGGUGAGGGGUUGAGUCGGGGGAGCAGUCUGAGUGACCUGUAUGGUGGUGAGGAGGGUGGUGAAGAGGGUGUGGGGGCGGCCGAUGGGGAGGUGCAGAGUCUCAAGUCAGCUGGGAGCAUGUCCCUGGCCUCCGCCACCGAGGCCCUGGAUCAUGAACACCUGUCCACAGACAGACCAGCACAACAACAGGCUGUGUUGGACCAGAGCCUCAGUACCCCAGAGGUGAAGUCCGAGUCUGAUUUGGACAGUAAACGUUCCCUUUCAUCAGAAUUUGAAGUGAUCACUGACUCUGAGAUUAAACCUGAUGCCUCUGCUGAGGACAUCCUCCGGAAAUACAAGAAGAGAACCAAAAACACUCUAAGAGAAGGAUUCAUAUGGCAACGUCAGUUGGUUUUCCGGAGCAAGCUUACAAUGCACACAGCCUUCGAGAGAAAGGACAACAAGGAUCCAGCUGCUGUCACUGCCAUUGCCAUCUCACGGGACCACAAGACUGUGUAUGUAGGAGAUGCAAAGGGUCGUAUCUUCAGUUGGACGGUGACAGACCAGCCCGGCCGCGUGGUCGACCACUGGGUACGGGAUGACGUGGCUGAGACGUGCAUGCAGUGUGGUAUACGCUUUUCACUCACUGAGCGCAGGCACCACUGUCGCAACUGUGGCCAGGUCUUCUGCUCAAAAUGCAGUAGAUAUGAGACAGAGAUUCGUAGACUGCGUAUCCGUAAACCAGUCCGAGUGUGUCUGCCCUGUUAUAACAUGAUCAAAUCCCAGCAUUCCUUCAUGGGGGAUAACAGGAAGUAGCAGUCAGCAGGAAAUGAAGGAGUACUCAACAGUAACUGAAGGAUCACUCAACAGUAAAUGAAGGAGCACUCGACAGUAAAUGAAGGAGCACACAACAAUAAAUGACUGAGUACUCGACAAUAAAUAAAGGAGUAAUCGACAGUAAAUGAAGGAACACUCAACAAUUCAAUGUUUUUGUCCGUUAGUAGACUGGAAAUUCACUUUGGAUAAUCUGUUGAAGGCUUUUGUACAUGUUUCAUAUCACAGAGUGACGUGAAAAAAUAAGGUUUAGAAAUCAAAUGCAAAUUUAUUGAUUUGUUUGUGACUGGUUUUAAACUUUUUUGUCUUAAGGAAACUUGAGUCCAAAACCGAUUCUUGUUUAUUCUGAUGUUGAAGUCAGCUUGACUUAUCAUAUGAAUUGAAAUCAUGAAUGGAAACUGUCUUAGACUAUCAUUAUGUAAAGAAAACUCUGUUGUAUUCCUUAAAGCCAUGGAAUUCCAUAACUGUCUUUCAUAUUCUGUUGUAUAUAAAUGUGAUUAUAAAGCAGUUAAUGUGCUAUUGAAUAAGUGUUCAAAUAAGUGUUCUAUUGUAAUCAUAUAUGUUGAUAGAAAAGUCAGAUACUAAAAGUCAGUAAAUGGAAAACAGAUAUAAUAAAAAAUAUAGAUUAAAGUGUGCUAUACAAUGAUAGAUAGAGGUCAAGUCACCAAUGUUGUAAGUCUAGUCAUUUUACUGGCCAGUUGAAUAACUGGUUAAUAGGAAACCCGGUUCUACCGGUAGAUGAGAGAUUAUGAUUCAGAUAUAAUACCAAAAUUUGUCCAUGUGUUCUCCUGUUGAUAUGUGUAACAGGUUUACUUUCAAAUAACUGGUAAAUAUUAAAUCCGGUUAUACCUGUAUAUGAGAGAUUAUGAUUCAGGCAUAAUAAGGAAUUGGUCCAUGUGUUCUACUAUUGAUAUGUGUAAAAGGUUUACUUUCAAAUUUUGAAAGCAUUUCUUACAUCAACUCUUGGUUGUUCAUUGCUCUGGUUGUAGGAAUAGUUUUGCUUUGCAUUCCAUUAUGUAAAAUAUCUUUUAGUUGUACAUAUCGCAACAUUUCCUGUAAAUUCUGAUAACUGUAGCGUUUAUAUAGUGUGCAAUAGAAAUACACCUCGGGUAUGAAGGACUAUCUCGGCAUUUAUUCCUGGGCAUUGAACACACUGGAAAGAAAACUUAUUAAACUGUUUAUGAUUAGUUGCGUCGCCACUAAAAUCCAUUGUAAGACACAAACUUUUGAACAAAAUAACUUGCUUAUUUUAAAGUAUUUUUUCAAAGCAUAAAUAGCUGUGAUUUAUUUAUUUCAAUAUUUGUUGCCAUAAACAUUUUAAUGAGAUUUGAGGUGGCAGUUUUAACGUAACCGUUGAAGUAGAAAUUCUUUAGUCAUAGUUCUAUUUGUGCAAUUUUUCUGAAGAUGUUCCCCAUUGUUUGAGGAUGUUCAUAGAAUGGCUGUGUACACUUGUAGUGCUGGAAGAUUCCCAUAGCUUUGCUGUGCUCUCUUGGAUAUUUGGAAGAUGUCCAUAGCUUUGUUGUGAACACUCUGAGUGCUGGAAGAUGUCGAUAGCAUUGUUGUGAACACUCUGAGUGCUUGAAGAUGCCCAUACCAUUGUUGUGAACACUCUGAGUGCUUGAAGAUGUCCAUAGCAUUGUUGUGAACACUCUGAGUGGUGGAAGAUGUCCACAGCAUUGUUGUGAACACUCUGAGUGCUGGAAGAUGUCCACAGCAUUGUUGUGAACACUCUUGAGUGCUGGAAGAUGUCCAUAGCAUUGUUGUGAACACUCUGAGUGCAGGACCUUAUUGCACAUCCAUUUGUAAACAAAAAACAUGGACACUUUCAAUCAGAUUUGUAAAAUUAUCUGUAAUAAUGGUGUUUCUCUCAAUGCUUGGAAUAUUGCUAAUUAAAAUCAAGAAUGCAAUAACUCCAAGAUAAAUUAUCUGUGUUAACUUUGUCAACAUAACAAUGUACUUGUAUAUGAAUUGUUUGUUAUUAUGUUAUACUGUUAUUGUAAACAAAUGUUGUUUAAUAUAGAUGAAAUUCAAAUUUGUAUCAGUAAACAGUUGUACUGUG